AUCGUUUGCCGUAGCUUCUCUUCCUUAUUUAUGGGAAGAUCCAUUUUAUCCAUGUAUCGGAAGAAACUAUACGAGCUUACAAAAAAUAAUUUAUUAUUACUUAUCUGAACAUAACAAAGAAAAUAUUUUAUUUAAAAUUUAUUCUUUUCAAUUUGAUAAUGUGGAAAAACCCCUUUUUAAUUAUUUAUCUUUUAUCAGACAAAUUCGUGUUGAUAAUAUAUUUAAGAUUGUUACUUAUAAAAUCGAUUACCGAAUUAUUACAUGUGAUUUCGAUCUUGAUAAAGAUUGGAAAACUUUAAUAGUCCCAAAAAUCGUUCUAAAAUUAAUAUUUGAUCAUUCAAAUAAAAUUACCUAUUUUCAACUUUCAAAUAAACCUGACAUCACCAAUCUUAUAGUUAAAUACACCAAUCUUAUUAAUCAUAAUCAUGUUCGGUAUAUUUAUCUGGACACCAACCGUCCUAGUGAUUUACUUAAAUUUAAUAAUUUGUACGGAUUCGCCCUUGGUUAUGGAUGGGAUCGUUCUUCAUUUUGUAAUCUUCAAAGUUUAAAAGAAAUCAAAUCAAAAAAUAUUACAAAUAUCAGGUUCAGAAAUGUCAAAUUUAAUAAUAAAGAAGAAGAAGAAAUAUUGAAUUAUUUAACAUCAUUAAAAAAAUUAAAAUGUCUUAGUUUUAUUAAUACAAAUAUCAACAACGUUAAAAGUAUUUAUGAAAAAUUUAAAGAUUCGAAAACUUUAGUGUAUUUAAAAAUUAUCUCGAGUAAUCUUAGAUAUUUUGUUUUUACAGAAAAAUUUCGCGAUGAAAUUUUUAACAAUGAGAAUAUUGAAAACAUCAUUAUUGGAUAUGAUUGGAAAGAAGAAAAUUUUUUGAUUGACAAAAGAAAAUCUAUUAAGAAAUUCAAAU